AAAAAAAGAAGAAGAAACUUUAGUUUGAUGCUUCACUGCCAACAUUAGGGUAUACAAGGAAAAAACAUUUAAACACAUCUAAAAAUACACAGUCGUUACUUCUGCUGAGGAGACUGUUUGACUGGUUCAGUUUGUUAGCAGGUUUCUCAAAGUUUUGGACUUUGGACUGAAAAUUUACCAGAGCUGAAGGUUUGCCCAACUUCAAAGUGAUAAGGUCAACCUGGAUCUGGAUCCAAAUAUUGGGUGUGAUUCAGGAGGUAGAGCAGGUCAUCUUGGUGAUUUAAUCCAUGAGUCUACAUGCCAAAGUACCCUUGGGCAAGAACCCUGAGUUUCUCGUCAUUUAUUGGAGUGUACAUGUUAAACAUACCCCACAUCCAGUAGGGUAGAACAGCGCUACAUAAGAGCAAGUUCUAUUAUCACUGAUCCAUCCUUUUUCUCACAAGAUAUAUGGUAAUAUUAGGGGUUUGGGAUACAUUCAGCAGCUCAUCAGCUGCUAACAUCCAUACCUAAGGCCAACGUGGGAUAAAGUAGCUAACCUAACAAACACGUCCUUGGACAUGUAUUUGGAGUCUCCAUCUAUCUGACCAGGAGUGUCAUGUUCCUGGGUCUGUUGACCCAGCGUUUUAAGUUUUAGUUUAUUUGGAUGUUGUUUAUGUUUAAGUUCAUUAGAUUAGCGAAGUUCAUUUGGUUAUUAGACUCCUUGUGUUUUCUUCCCCUGUAUUUAAAUUUCCCUCACCCUUUGUGUUUCAUGCUGCGUGUCUUAUAUCUUAUGACAUGAUAAUAAGUUUGUAUUAUCAUGUCUGUCUCAUGUUUCCUGUUUUAUUUUGAAGGAGUCGUGUGUUCUUUGUUCAUUGUAUUUAGUUUUCACUUCCCUUGUCCUUGUCCUGGAUGAGGAACCAGACCCCACAAUUAGCCCUGCUUCAGUCACAACUGCUUCUAGAAAAAAGCGGCGUUCACGUCAUCAACGUACCUCACAAAGGUUUGAAGCCAGGUUGGAGCCAGGGGCUGAGUUGGAGUUUGUGCAGCCUUUUCCAGUGUCCGCUGGAGGGCCCGAGGAGCCCGUCCAGCCUCAUGCCGCGUCAACUGGAGGUUCAGCCGAGCCCGUCCAGCAUCCUGCCACACCUGCUGCAGCGCCACCACCUGGUCCACCACCUGCGGCUUCCACGCCGUCGCCUGCAGCGCCACCACCUGGUCCACCACCUGCGGCUUCCACGCCGUCGCCUGCAGCGCCACCACCUGGUCCACCACCUGCGGCUUCCACGCCGUCGCCUGCAGCGCCACCACCUGGUCCACCACCUGCGGCUUCCACGCCGUCGCCUGCAGCGCUACUAUCUGGUCCGCCACGACCCAGCCAGAGGUCGACGCCACGCCUCUGCUCGUCUCGCCUGCCAAGCCACGUCCAGCAUGGCUGUUUCCGGGGCCUGUCAAAACAGCCUGUCCACGGAAACCCACCAAACCACCCGAGGGGUCACAUCCACACUACCGUCGACCACCUGCUAAGCCACCUGAGAGGUCUUGUCUACGCCAUCGACCGCCAGCCAAGCCGCCCGACAGGUCUCGUCCACGUCGCCGCCGGCCACGAGUCAAGCCGCCGAGUGUGGCCAGCCAUACCUGCUUCGCCACUGCCACCUUCCAUGUGGUCGGCCCCCUGAACCAUUGAACUAUGAACUGCUAUGCUGUCGACCUCCAGGACGGCCCCCUGAUCUGCCUGACUUUGGACUCUUGUGCCAUCGGCCUCCAGGUCGGCCACCUGAACUACUUCACCAUGAACUCCUUUUCUGCCGAGAUCAUGGUCGCCCUCCUGACACAGGGUCUCGGACUCUUAAGCCCUUGUGUUUGGACUGAGUGAUUCAGAUUCUUUAUUUUUUGUGGUUUUGUUUCAGGCCCUCCGUCCUGGACCCCCACCG